AUGGCUUAUCAACAAUAUAAUAAUGUAAGACCUCAUAAUAUUAGACAUGAUCAAAAUGAAAUUAAUGACAAUCACAAUAACAGAGGAUUCAAUAAUCAAAACAAAGGUAGUUUUCAAUUUUCUAACAAUCAUGAUUAUGAUUUUUACAAUCAAAAUUAUGAUAAUGAAAUAGUAUCAAGAGGAGGUUUUGAUAUGAAAUCACAUCCACAUACUCAUAAGUCAAAGACAUGUUCUUCAUCUGGAUCAUUUGGAAUUGUAAAAGGAGACUCUGCUGAUUUCAAAUGUUUUGAAUGUUCCAAAACUAUUUCUCACUUGGAAAAAAUGCCUUUUUCAUUUAAAAAUCUUCAGGGUAUAGAUUCUAUUCAACCAUUUAUACCAAAACAUUUAGAAAAAAGGAAUGGUUUUACAAUGUUUAAUAAUCAAAAUGAAUCUAAUAAGAAUGCAGAAAAUUUUGAAAAAUCAAAAUGUGAAGAAAUAGUAAAAGCAGAUGAAAAAGAAGAAAUAGAACAAAAAUUAUCUAAUGAAUCAUUACAUGUUGAUGCUAGCAAAACAUAUAAAAUAGUUUCCCCUGAGGUAUCAAUACCAAUUUCUUCCCCUCAAAAAACUAAGGAUGAUCCUAAUUACAAUUACUUUGAUAACUAUAAAGUUGUAGUUCCAUCAUUUAAAAUUGAAUCACGACGUGAAAUUACCAAUUAUAAAACUACACUUUAUGAUGGAAAAAAUCUUUCCAAUGAAUUUGAACAUAAAAAUAUAGAAAAUAAUUCUAUUAAUGAUAUUUCAACUGAAGCAAUAGUUAAAAUUAAUAAUAAAAUAUUAGAAAAAGCGAAUGAUAUUAUACAAUCUCCAGUGGAAGAAAAGAUGGAAAUCACUAGUAGUACUCAGGAAACAAGAGAUAAAAAUUUAUUAUCACCGAUAGAAGAUAAAUUUAAUACUAUACAGGUUUCCUUAAAUAAAAAUAAUGUUGAUAAAGUUAUCGAUAUAGUUAACAAUAAAUCAGAAGUUACAAGUUAUUUUGAAAACGAAAAUAAUAAAACAGAAGAAAAUAAUAAUGUAAGAGCAAAUAUAACUAGUGAAUCCUAUGAAAUAUAUAAAAGCUGGUUGCAAAUAAAUUGUGAUGAAGAUAUUAUUAAUAAAAUCAUUGAAACAGGAUAUAAAAUUCCAGAGGAAAUAAUUUCUCUUACCGUACCAACAAUUUACAAGAAUCGUGAUUUAAUUUUUGAAAUUGUAGAUGGUCAAUCAAAAUAUGUCUCUUUUCUAAUACCUAUUGUUGAUGAUAUUUUAAAAAAUAAUUUUGAAAAUCAACUAAAUGAACCAAUUGCUUUAAUUCUUAGUUCAUCAAAAGAAUCAGUAGUAGGAAUUUCUAAAACAACUGAAAUUUUAAUUAAUAAUACUAAAAUUACUUUUGCAAAAUGUUUUGGACAAUAUCCUUUUAGACAAAAUUUAGAUGAAUUAAAAUGUGGAUGUAAUAUUUUAGCAUCAACUCCUGGAAGAUUAAUACAUUUCCUCAAGUCUGGUGAUAUUUCAUUAAAAAAAAUAAAAUAUCUUAUAAUAGAUGAUGUUAACAAAAUGUUAGAAUGUGGAUUUCAUGAAAUCAUUUCAAAUAUUCUUAAUGAUUAUGAUUGUUCAAAAAAAGAAAAUCGUGUUAAUAUUGCUACUAUUACAAAAUUUUCUCCCAUUUUAAAUGAUUUAUUAGGUUUGAUAAUUAAGGAUACUUAUACAAUGAUUUUAAAAAAUACUACUGAUGAUUUAUUUAAAUUUAAAGUUAGAUAUGUUGAAGGACAUAUAAAUAUUUUUGAAUUUUCAAAAUUGUUAACAAAAAAAUUUUAUGAAAUGAAAAAAAAUAAAAAUAGUAGAGGUAUAUCAUUGUAUGUUGACAUACCUAAUGAUACAAAAGAUACCAUUUCUUUUGAUCAAUUUUAA